GGGCACCAAGAAUCUCCCCAAAUUACUACGAACCCACGCCCGUCUCAUCGUUCGUGGCAUCUCUCACCAUGAUUUCCUCCGAGCCAAGCUUGCCGCCACCUUCGUCAACUGCGGCCGGAUGCGAGAAGCCGGCACCAUCUUCUCCUGGACCAACAAGCAGAGUACCUACCUGCACAACGCGAUGAUCAGGAGCUACACCGACCGAAAAGAGUUCCGGAUAGCAUUUGAAGUCUACUGCCAUCUGCUUUCCUUAGAGAUUCCAGAUUCAGGCUAUCACGUCUUCAAACUGUCAUAUAUAAUUGGAUCUGGUAGUGGUCACCCACAACGCUAUACAGUAGAUGAAGCGACGACUUUCCGAGCAAAUUUAUAGCAAAGUCCAAACCUCUUAUAAAAUGGAGAUGAGAAAAGGAAAGUCAGACUACCCUUUAGUAUGUUUUGGCUCUAUUUCGUUUCCUUAUCUUUUGCUUAAAAUUUCAACGGUUGCUUCAUGUUUAAAAAUGGCUCAUGGAAAGAAUUUGUGGAGGCCAUGUCCAAUAUCCAUACUCGAUCGUAUCUCCUUUUCGUCUAAUAUCCAGGAGACGAUUCCUUCUUAUUCUUCCUCGUCCUCCCUAGUUCGCUAGUUCCCAAUUCAAGAGAUAUAGGAGGCCACUGAAGGACAGGUUCGAAGACAAGCCACCUGAUGAAGCAAGAGGCAAGCACUGAUCAAGGUAUUCCAAUUAUCUCUCCUCAUUCAUCAUUAAACCAAAAGCCUCUCAGUUCCCAUGAAAAACCCCAUUAUAACCACCACAGUUACAUCCUCAGGACCUUAUUUCUGCUUCUUCUUGUCUUCUUAAUCCUCAUCAACAUAUAUGACCUCCUCACUUUGCUCGUUCUUAGGCCAACCAUGUUGCAAGUUAGCUUACAAAAGGCAUCAUUAGUAGAAUUCAGCCUUCGGCAUAGAAGAAUAUUAAGUUACAAUCUUACACUGGAUGUCUCUGUGAGGAACCCCAACAAGAGAAGUGGGUUCUUCUAUGAAAGGCUUCAAGCAAUGGCCUUCUAUGGUGAAGAGCAGUUUGCAGAGGUGUCGCUGCCAUGUUUCUAUCAGGCACCAUUGAACGUUUCGAUGCUUCGUCCUUCGUUCGCCGGACAAUUACAGAUGGAUAACAGCUACGUUGUUGCAAGUGAUUUUAUCCUGCAAAGAGCCCAAGGUUGGUUUCAGUUUGAUGUUAAUUUCUUCGCUGAGGUGCGGUUGAAGCUUGGCCCUGUGAAUGCGACUAGCUAUAGCGCUGUGGUGACUUGUGGAUUGGUGGUUCCCUUGGCUUCCACAAAUUCAUCACAAGAUUUAAGCUUCAAUUGGACAAAAUGUGUUGCAGAGUUUCCAUCGUUGGGUUUUGUCCCUCGGGCUGUGCUCUCAAGUUCUUAUUGCAUUGUUCCCUUCAUAUUGAGCUUGUUGUAUUCGUCGGUUCUCAUAGCUUUACGUUUUGUGUGAUGGAGAUCGGUUGUCAACGAUGUUUGCAUACCGUCAUCUCUAUUUGUAGGUAAUCAUAUGCAUUUAUUCUCUAUUUCAAUGUUACAUUUAUCUCUCUCUCUUCCUCUCUCUCAAGUUGGGAGUCUUUGUUAGUAAUGUUGAAAUAAUGUCACAUUUAUUUCUCA